UUGUAUCCAUCUCUCUCUCUCCCCCAUCCUCCUAACAGAUCAACCUGAUGCAGAGUGAGACGGUGCAAGAUGUGAUGGUGUUGGAGCCCCGCUGGCUGUGUAGUGGGGUGUUAGCCCGCCUCCUCUCUGUGGACACGCCUAAAGCCAUCCACCACUACAGGGGGCGCUACAGACUGGAGGAGAUACAGGCUCUGGCCCCAGAGAGCGACGUGGACGAACUGCUACAGGUGCUGGAUGCCAUGGACGUGUGCGUACGUGACCUGACCAACCCUGGCAUGGUGGAUGGGGUCAGACUGGUUCCUGCUGAACACCUCACACCUUUCCCCUGUGGACUGUUCCACAAGCUACAGGUGAACCUGUGUCGCUGGAGCCACCAGCAGCGCCCUGAGGACGACACAGGGGAGGGGCCUGACGGAGACAUCCGCCUCUGGACCAAUGGGGCAAAGGUGAGCCAAGGCGGAGCGGAGGCCAUGAUCCUAUUGGUCAACCACGGCCAGGGGGUGGAGAUCCAGGUCAGAGGUCACGACAGCGAACGGGCCAAGUGUUACACCCUCCUGGACACCAUGGUUACCAUUACAGAGUCGCUCCUGUCCUCCACCCUCCCUGGCCUCCUCACCGCCCGGUACUACCUCAGCCCCCAGCAGCUCAGAGAGCAUCACGGUCCCGUCAUGAUCUACCAGCCUAAAGACUUCCUGAAGGCCCAGACCCAGAGAGAGACCAGCCUCACCAACACCAUGGGGGGUUACAGGGAGAGCUUCAGCAGUAUCCUAGCCUUGGGCUGUACUGAAGUCUAUAGUCAGGGUUGUCUGUGUGCAGAUGUCCACAUCUCAGAGGUCAGCCUGCUGGCCAGGAGGAAGCUGUGUCGUCUGUUAGACCCUCCUGAUGCACUGGGGAAGGACUGGUGUCUGCUGGCUAUGAACCUGGGUCUCACCUACCUGGUGGCCAAACACAGCUCCACCCCCAAUGGCACCCCAACCAAUGGGGGCCCUACCCCAGACAAUGACCCCGCCCUCCUGGCCAGCCCCACGGCAGCGCUGCUCCUGGAUUGGUCAGUCCGUCCAGACAGCACGGUGGGGUUGUUGAUGUGGAAGCUGCGUGAGUUGGGGAGGCGUGACGCGGCUGACUUCCUGUUAAAGACCUCGCCUGUCUUCAGGGUCAACAUAGAGGGUGUGGCUAGGGGAGGGGAAGAGCCUGGGCGUAACAGAGAUCCCCUCCCAUCCUUGAAACAUCCUGCAGAGCAGCAGACCUCUCCUCUGGCACAUGGAGAUCCCCUCCCAUCCUUGAAACAUCCUGCAGAGCAGCAGACCUCUCCUCUGGCACAUGGAGAUCCCCUCCUGGUGCUCGUGUCCAUCCUCAGGAAGUUAUGCAGGACACCG